AUGUCUUUAACACUAUUAUUUAUAUGCCGUCGAUCAAUAAGUUUAGCAAAUUUUUUAUCAAUAAGACCAUCACUUUUACGUCCAAUUCAUUUUUCUCAAACAAUAUUUCUUGCUGAAUCAUCAACAUUAAAAUCAAAAUAUGGUUCAUUAAAACCUUCAUCAUCACCAAUUGAAAAUCCAUUUCAAGAACCAACUGAUGAAAAAUCUCGUCGUCUUAAAUUACAAGAACAUAUUCGUUUUCGAGAAAAAUUUCAAUUAGAACAAGAUUAUGAAUUCAUAUAUGCUAUGCCUAGACAACGAUUGUAUAGUUUAAUGCAUUUAAUAUGUACAUGUGGUAGUAUAGGAAUGUUAACAUUUAUUAUAAUUCAUUUUCAUCGUGAAAUGCUUGAUAUGGAACCAUUAGUUGAUGAUAUUAAUAGAUAUAUACCACCAUGGAUUCUUUAUUCAAUUGCAACAAUGAUUGGUUCAACAUUUGGAAUAUUAUUAAUUGUUCUUUCUCGAAUGCCAUUUCGAUUAUAUUAUUCACCUGUUCGUCAUUCAUAUGCAUUAUUUUAUCAUCCAGUUAUAGGUGUAUUACCUAAAAAGAAAAUUUUAUUUCGUGAUAAUCAAUAUAAAAUAAUACCACAAAAAUUAGAUAGUGUUGAAUUACCACAACGAUCUAUUAAAAUUCGUCUAGAAUUUGGUGAAGGUUUAUUUAAAACAAAAAAGAGUUUUUAUUUAGUUGAAUCAUUAUUUCGUUCAAAACGUGAUAUUCAAAGAAUUAAAAUGAAUGAUAUUAAAAAUGAUGAAACAAUAAAUAAUGAGAAGAAAAAUCCAAUACAAGAAGAAACUGAUAUUUGGCAAACAGUCGUUGAAAAAAAAGAUCAAUAUGAUAGUAAACAAAAACCAUUAAAAAGAAGGACUUUUAUGUAA